GGCUUAGUGUACGUACAUGGUACUUAGAUUUUCGAGUACCACCCCUAUUUCUGCGUGAGUUCGUCGUACCAAAUGGGCGAAUCUCAUAGUUCAAGGCUCGUCCUUGCGACUUAGAAUCAUAUAGCAUGAAGUCAUCAUCAAGUAAAAUCAUCAUGACUAUGUGUGACAUCAAUUACGCAUCAUGUUAUCAUCAUCAAGUACAUCAAUUACAUAGAUGUCAUGUAAUCAUCAUCAAGAACAAGUAUAUAUGGAUUAUAUGAGUAUCAUGUAAUCAUCCUCACAAGCAAAUUGAUUAAAUGUGCCAUCAUGUAAUUAUCAUCAAAAAUUUAUCAUCAUGAAUCAUCAAAUUGACCAUAUGAUAUAAUGUGCCAUAUCAUGAAUAUUAUUAUACAUUUGUGGACGUAUAUAUAUGUAUAUGUAUACGUCUGUGAAUCAUUCUACAAAUUCUAGCGUGGUACCACUCAGCGGUUUCUCUGAGCGUGUAGUUUGUAUUUUUUUUCGUUGACUACACGUAGGUAACAAGAAGACAAUGAUGGAACCAUUCCCGGAGGGCAUUGAGUCAGAGGAGAUGCAAGGAUAGCAGGCAAAUGUUUGAUCAACAUAUUUUAAAAUAUGUCAUGAUUUGGUUAUUAUUGUACUUCCGCAUUACUCUGAAAAUAUUUUUAAAUGGGUCGCGAUCCAGAGUCUGUAAAUUUAAUAUUUAUAAGUAAUUGUCAUUUUCAAAUGUCAAGCGAAAUUUUUAUUUAACUCUUGUUUCACCAUAAUUCGUAUAAUUCCGGGUUAUACGGAUUGGGGUGUUACAUUGUACGCAGAGUUUGCCCGUACUCGAAAGUAGAGAUGAUAUUUCCAUGACAUGCUCCACUCAUGCUGUAUAGAUAAAACAAACACAGGGUGUACACAAAGAAGAAGCAUAGAAAAGGCACAGAGGGCCGAGAGGUCUAUCCCUACUCCUCAACACCAACGUGAGCAUCUCACAUCUUCGCACUGGAGCAUCAACAUUUCGCCGCCUCACAUGCCCAAACCACCUCAAUAUCGCAUCUCUCAACUUAUCUUCCAAAGGUGUCAUGCCUACCAGACCUUGGAUAAUCUCGUCCAGAAUCCUAUUCUGCCUCAUGUGCCCACAAAUCCUUCAUAACAUCCUCACGUGCCCACAAAUCAAUGAAUAUGAAUCUUUUAACUACCUAGCACUUUACCCAUACAACAUGGCUGGUGUGACAACGAGUUGAUAAAACUUACCUUUCAUUUUAGCUAACAUUUUCUUGGCACGCAAAACUCUUGAGACCAACCUCCAAUGUUAAGAAAAGCUUACCAAAUGU